CAAUUAAUUAAAGAUCCUAGAAUUAGGGUCAAUGUCCCCGAUGACCAAUGACCCAGCCUGUUUUUUUAUUUUAUCUUUUUACAACGGGCGUUGUUUUUUUGUUUCUUUUUUUCUUGCAAUGUUGGGGAGCUUUGGCAGCCUUGGGCGUAGGUUCAACGGGAGCCAAUCGCCAUCAAGACCAGCCCAAAGCGACGCUCUUGGACGCUCUGUUGCAGUGGAAGCAGACGAUAAUUUAAAAGGCUUGCAGCCCGUCAAAUAAUGUAGAAAGUUCCUGAAAACAGCAUGUAAAUACCUUUAAACUAACAAUAAUGUCGGGCAGUAGGAUUCACGGAACCAGCGAUUCAAGUUCUCCUGACCUGGCGAGCGUUUUCAGCCGAACCCAAAGAGAAAGCCUUGAUACCAAGCACAAAUUGGAAAUGUUAGAGGCCCGAAGAUCCAAUGUGACGGAGGAACAGGCAUUGAAAGUCAUAGACCAGCUUUCGUUGCUUAAAAUGAAACAGCGUCCAAAACAAGCCGAAUGGGAAGCUUUGAAGUCAAAAAUGUCAUUCGUUCAAGACAAAUGUUGCAAGUUCGAAAAAGCAAAUACAGAGGUGUCCACAAGAAUCGCAGACCUCACUACUAGGAUUGUUCAGCAUAAAGCUGCAGAAUUAAACAAAAUAAAUAACAUCAGGGAACACGUGCAAGAUCUGCAGCAUACCCUUGCAGAAACUAUAUCCAGUCCUGAAUGCCGGGACAGGCUCGUAGCAUCGUUGACAGCGCAAUGGAAGGAGUUGAAAGCAGGCUUCAUCAACCUGGACAGCGAGCUGCAGUGCACCGAGGAGGCAGAGCUGAGGGAAGCCAAAGACGAGAGAGUGACGCUAGAGGAGGCGAAUGAUGCCCUGAAAGUCUUUGAAGUCGGACAAGCCAGUCUAGAGAGGACACUCGCCGCCCUCACCAAGUGGAAGCAGCAACUAGAGGAUGAAUGCGAGAAACUGUCUCGAGAGGCUUAGGCCUUACUGUACUCUGCUCCCACUGCCACUGACAAAUGCCAAAGAGCCUGUGAUAGCGGCAUCUUUAGCGCAUCCUCCGACGUGUCUAGCGAGGUGCCAGGCCCGCCCCCAAGUAACUGUUUUCGAAGCUUCAUUUUUACUUAACCCUCGUUUUCUUUUCUACGGGCCCCUCGGUUUAUAGGGGGGGCGAUGACCAUGUACCGAAAAAAUAAAACAUUCCGAGCCUUUC